AUGGACCAGGCCAUGUCGGAUCAGUCCGACUCUCAUCGCAGGCGUCAGCCAUUGACUGACGCUUCCAGCCGAAUUAACCACGCCAAAGUCGCCAAUUUCGAGACCCCUCGUGUGUAUGUUGAGAACCUGGACCACCUCAAAACACCGGACCGUAUGUCCGUCGUCACGAUCUCGACUCCCCGAGACAACAAAGAGAACCGACGACGUUCGGUAGCUACAGAUUUCCAGUCCGAAUCCGCCCGGAACUCGGUGGUAUCUGCUACAUCGAUUCUAUCCAACAAGGGCAAGAGAAAGACCCAUGUCGGACCAUGGCAAUUAGGGCGUACCUUGGGCAAAGGGGCUACCGGACGCGUGAGACUUGCCAAGCAUGCAUUAACUGGACAGACUGCUGCUAUCAAAAUCGUCUCCAAGAAGUCUGCAGCCAUGGUGCAGAGCGAAAGUAUUGCGGCAAUGGACCGAACUGCGAGCACAUUCACAGGUGUCUCAAAUACACGACAGAUGCCUUGUGGUAUUGAACGGGAAGUGGUUAUCAUGAAAUUGAUUGAACAUCCCAAUGUAAUCAGCUUGUACGAUGUGUGGGAGAAUCGUGGAGAGCUGUAUCUUGUUCUAGAGUACGUGGAGGGUGGCGAGCUUUUCGAUUAUGUCUCCAACAAUGGACCUCUACCGGAAGAAGAGGCUGUGCGUCUGUUCCGCCAAAUCAUCGCUGGACUUGGCUACUGCCAUCGAUUCAAUAUCUGCCACCGUGACUUGAAGCCCGAGAAUAUUCUCCUAGAUGGAAACCACAACGUCAAGCUCGCCGAUUUCGGUAUGGCUGCGCUUCAGCCGGCGGGACACUGGCUGAAUACCUCUUGCGGGAGUCCACAUUACGCAGCACCAGAGAUUAUCUACGGACGCAAAUAUCGUGGUGACAGGGCUGAUAUGUGGAGCUGUGGAAUCAUUCUGUACGCACUCCUGACUGGUUAUCUUCCAUUCGAUGGUGGUGACCUGCCAAAGACGCUCCGCCUGGUCAAGAAGGGUGACUAUAUGAUUCCUCCCGAGCUGAGCGACGAGGCUGCCAAUCUUAUCCAGCGGAUUCUACAGAAGCGACCGGAGGACCGCAUCACGAUGCAAGCAAUUUGGCUGCACCCACUACUCACCAAGUAUGAGAAGCUUCACAAUGCGAUGGCUGACUACUACAUUGGGCCCCCUCCUCCAUUGUCCAUCAAGGAUUGUGGAGCUCCGGUAACUUCUCGUCAAGAGGUGGACUUGGACAUUUUACGGAACCUCCAGACAUUGUGGCAUGACGUAAAGCCUGAUAUAUUGACUGAACGACUGAUGUCUCUUGAGCCAACUCAUGAGCGGAUGUUCUACAAUGCUCUGGUGAAAUUCCGAGAUGAGCAGCUCGAAAAUUAUCAAGGACAACCAUUGGAGUACUCAGCCAGUGAUUACCACCACAUCUCCCGGCCUGGAGACUGGGUCCGUCGGGGACGGAGUUCGUCUAAGAAGCGAUCUCAGAUCUCCCUGGUCAAGGAUCUUCACAGUCGCAUGAGCUCAGCUAGAGAGUCCAAGUCCAGUGCAAGUAUUGAGAGCUACGAUCCUUACAGAUCACCGAAAGUUAGAACUCCGGCGAAGGAGGUGCAAGCAAGGACAAGUCACUCCGACUGCGAAGCCUCCCCCUCCAUCGUCGAGGAGGAAGAGCCAGAGGACACCCAGGAUGUGGCGCCCUCGCCCUUCACUGUUCUCCAAAAGCGCAAGCAUAAACCUAGCUCGAUGAAGUCUUUCCAAUUGUCCAGAGUGCCACAUUCUAGCUCGCGAUAUCCUGGUCUGUCCACCCGCUCCACCAGCUAUAGGCGCAAUGUUUUAUUCCACCACGUUCGCAAUCGCUCGCCGGGAUCUACCAAGCCAAAGCGGAGAAGAACCGGCGCCAACCAGUACUCUGAUCUCAAGCGUUCUCCCAGUGCAGCCAGCCUGCAAAUGAUGGGAGAUGGGUUCGCUGUGCCUGACAUUCCGAGCAGCCCUCCUCUGCCAGCCCAGCCGACUGUUGUCCGACCUAGCGGUGCUAAGGCUAAGACCCUAAAGAGCGAGAGGAAGGGUUACCGGUCCGACAUUAUCUGGUCGGAAGAUGCUCGCAAGGUAUCCAAUGAGCUCAGCAAGAUUUGUGAGGAAGCAUUUAAUGGUAGCUCUUUUACUACAAUGCGUGUUUCCAGUUCCGCAACAGGAUAUGAAACGCCAGCAACCCCAGUGUCAGUUUCAAGUCCAGAGCAACAAUCAACGACUCCAGCGACGCAAGCCUUGGCACCUCCGAAGGAAACACCCAAUGAAUCGGGUCGAGCCUACAGCAUCCAAGAGCUUACCGAGACUCGUCGGAAACUGGUCGAACACAGCAAAGGUCAUAGUGACAAUAUCCCGGUAUACUUGUCUGGAGUCAUUGGUCACCUCGACCGUUUGAUUAAAGAGGACCAGGAUCCAUCGCGGCGCAAGAUGGAGGAAAGCACAUCGACGCUCGUGGAUCCUUUUAAUGGGGGAACCGAAGACAUGUCUCUGCCUGUGAUUAACGAAGAAUUCGCAAGCCCUGUCCGGGCUCCUAGCCAAUACAGUCCCAUGCCGAAGCUGCAGAAGAAGCCACAAGUCGCUACAGCGCACCGUGCCAAUGACGCCAAAGCGACUAUCAGAAUGGUCCCCCACAGCUCAUUGAGAUCGCUUGAAGAAGUCAAGCCACUGAUGAUUCGCAAGAAAAUUCAGAUUAGUGAUUCCGACGCUAUCAAUAGCGAUUCCGCAGAGGCUACUCGGAACUUCUCCCAGAGUUCCCGCCAAAGUCGCCCUCUUGGUGGGCUGGAUCCAAUUGAGGAAGUCCCGGUCUCCCCGAAGAGAACAACUGAUGGUAAAAAGUGGUCGUGGUUCAAACACCGCUCGCAGGUCCCUGACAACCCGCCCUCUCUGCCGCCCAAGGAUAUCAAGCCCGUCAAUCCGGGUAGUGGGACAGUGAUCGUUAAUCCCCCGCAGGACCUGUCUCAACCAGAUGCUCCAUUACCGAUCAGGGUUCCCGAUGAGCAUAAGGUGAUGACUCGCAAGUCAUCUAUGGAACGCUUCGGCGGCGGCUUCCUGAAGAAGCUUAUGCCGAAGAAGUCCCACAGGUCCCUGUCCCAACCUGAGACGGACAUUGAGAAGCCCCGGCCCAAGGAUAUUCGAAAUUCCGCAAUGCUCUGCAACGGACUCCCGGACACAGAGAGCUCCUUCGACUCAGCUAACGCCAACAAUCCUCCACGAAACAAGCGUCUCUCGCUCGCCAGUCAAAACUGGUUCGCCCGUGUGUUCCAGAUAAAGCCAGCUUCUCGAGUGAUUGCUUUGAAUACGUCCAAAGUGAAGGGCCGUAAGGAGGUCUACAAAAUGCUGCGUGAGUGGAAGGAGUAUGGUAUGGAGAAUGUAUACAUGGACAAGAGCAACAGUGUUGUCCAUGGUCAAGUCAGCGAAGUGAACUUCCUCCGUCUCCGGGAGGUUGAAUUCAUCGCAGAGUUCUACACUGUGCUCGAACAUGGCCGCCAAUCCAACUUGAGCCUUGUCCGGUUCAAACAGCAACGCGGAGCCGCUUCUUCCUUCAACAAGGUCGUCGACACUGUCUACAUGAUGAUGAAGAGCCGCGGCAUGGUAGUCGAGGAUCCUGUUCGCGCAAAAAGGAUGGCUCGCGUUCUGGACACUGUUCCCAACUCACCUUGA